AUGCAAGUUUUAACGUCAUUCUCAACAUUCAAGGUAGGUCGACUGUUUUAAAAUGUUCUUGAAUGAGGGUAAAGGUUUAGAAAUACGCCUUUGAUGGCCAUCAGAGUUUCAAAACGUCGACCAACACGAAAGCGGUGUUCGUGUCUCAUAUGGAUGGAGUGGAACAAACACCAUAUCCGGCCAAGGAUAACGUUCUGUUUUUCUUAUCUUUUUUUUAAGAGAGAGGCUCUUCUGAUUUUUAUCGGAACUUGGAUAGCGGUGAUUAAAGCUGAAGGUAAGUUUAAAUUUUGAUAAUUGAAGCAAAACGUUUUGAUAUUACUUUUAAGGGAAAGACAUUUGUCAGAAACAUAAGUUGAGAUUUUUUAUUUUUGUGCCUCAGUUACCUCGUUAUUUACUUUUUUACAUAUUUCAUGUCAGCUUUGUUCUGCAGGUGUCAUGAAAACAUCUCAAACGUUUUCACUCUUGACGACGUCCCGGUGAUCAAGCUCGAAAGUAAAAAAAAAAUACCUCACGGAUUCAGUUUCGUAAAACCAAACUAUGGUACAUGAUUCAGCUAACCAUGAAAAUGAAGAGGUUUUCGAUUGAGAGUCGUAAAACCAAAACGAUAAACUACAAACUGCCUAAAGCGCGGGAAAACGCUGGCGACAACGUUUUAAUUUUGUUUCUGAUUGGUUGAUAGAGUGGCGCGAGUUUUCUGGACCAAUCACAGUGCAAAGUAAAGCAGAAACAAAGCAAUCCCGGAUUGAUUUUGACACUCAAUUGAAAAUUUCCCUAUCAGGAGGAGCCAAUUAGAACUCAAAUGUAAAAAUAAGCGCCACGUCUGAAGCGCGGGAAAAUGCGAAUUACAAAGGCUCGGCUGGUUUUGGUUCUGCAUCUUAUUGAUUAGGAGAGUGGUAUAAGUCUUUUAUACCAAUAACAAAGCGAAAUUGAACAAAACCAAUAUAAUUCUGUAAAACUUUCCACCCUCAACUGAAAAUUGAUUCAAAAGAAGAAACACUUAUUUAGUAUUAAAUAGUUAGGUAUAGCCAAAACAUUACUUCUUUAAAUAUCACAGCAUGGCAGGCGAGCCAUCAAACCAAAAGACGUUACAAAUUUUUGUUUUAAAUAUUUUGGUGAAAACGAGGUUUGGAGGUGGAUUUUCAGUAGAUAUCGUCAUAUUGCCUAAGAGCUACCGAUUAUAAGUAAAACUAUUUAAUGAAAAAACUAAACUUUCCUGCAUGACAAUAGAGCAACAACCUAAUCAUUGGAAGAUGCUUGCAUAAGGACUAAUUCGACCUAUGAUUUGAAGAAGCUAGUUUUUAUUUCAGACCAAGUCCUCACACUUACAAUUUACAAUCGAGUGGUGAGCGCAUUGCCAAAUUUUGCUUCAUUUCAUCUCUGAUAGACCAAAACGACAUCCUAAAACAUCAUUUUUUUUUUAGCACAAAAUACAAGAGUAAAUCAGCUAGCUUAGACUCAAGAAGGACAUUCUUAUCAUGCACAAGCGCUGAAUUGAUUUUCAACCGUCGAAUUGGAAAAAAAUCGUCAACCUUGAAAGCUACUCCCCCAUUGAAAUGCUCCAGAUUAACUCAGACAUAUUGAACUACUUUUUCAACAGAGCCUUCUAUCCCAGCAGAAUGCACCACUUACAACACAUUCAAUGAUUCAAGCCGAUACUGGGGCACAAGGGGAGACAGCAAAUGCGAUAAUCAUCUGGUCAGCGGCCACUGGUACGGCUUCAUGGGGGCUGCUGGCGUGAUGAUGGCUACUUAUUGUAUUCCAAAACAAAGUUGCGACGCUUACAUGUCCGGCUGGAUCAGUGGCCAUCAUCCCAAUAAAGCUUAUGAGAAGGUCUCAGGAUCGGCCUGCAUGCACUAUCUCUCAAAUUGCUGUUAUUAUUCUCUCUACAUUGAAAUACGUAACUGCAGUGGAUAUUACGUUUAUGCACUACCGCCCACUAUUGACCACUGUAAUGCACGGUACUGCGGCGUCAACGGUACGUGA